ACGACUAUGAUGAUCUAUUGUGGAAGAGAGCUCUGAAAGCAUUUAAGCGUGGUGCCAAGGAGUAUAAAGCUAAAUACAAUAAACCUGCGGUCAUCGUUUAUGAUAAUGUGAGCCGGUUGGUUCAUAAGAAUCCAGAAAUUCUUGAUAUCCUCCAAGACGACGCCAAAGACAAUGCCGAUGAUCAGAUAUACAUUGCGGUGUUUGUCAGCAGUGAAGGUGCAGUUCCGAGAAGAAUGGAAU